AUGGCCUGCACAACGCAAUCUAUGACCCUCGAGUCGUAUCCAGAUGCUACCUCAACGUCUUUUGCGUCGACUCCCAGCGAGGGAACCGGUCUUUUGCGCGACCGAAGGCGUAGGCACUCGUUCCACACGGCUCGGAAGUUGUCUUGUGACUAUGAUGGCGAUGCUAUUUUUCUGAGGGUUGAGCUCUUCCUAACGGAAUUGGAGAGACGCAUGCAUUGGAUCGAACAGUAUCGAAAGUCGCACAUGGUUCAGAUCGACUCGAGUCUUCGCAGAGCGUAUGCGACCCUGGAAGCCGUGAGGGACUCAUGCUCCUACGCCUCCGGGGAGCUUAUGGGAGGUGGAAAGAAGAGAGCCAAGAUCCUGGUCGAAACCCUCGAGGACCGCUACAACGAUGCGCUGGCUACAAAGGAGACGCUGGAGCAAAAGGCUCAAGCCGGAGUACGCCUGAUGGAGUCCUUCCUGGUCGAGCUGGAAUCUCGAGCCCAUGCGGUUCGCGACCGGGGUAUUUAUGGCGCUCUGGACGAUGGAUGGAAGGCGGUCGACUCGAAGUUGGUGCACGCUCGUGAGGUGGUCGACGAGGGGAUAGAACAGGCUCGUCGAGCCAAGGAUUCGCUACGGGAGAGCAUUAACCGUGCCAUUUUACUAGCUCAAGAGCAGCGAUUGAUCACUUACGCUGACCUUCCUCACCCGUGGCGAAUCAAUCCCCACAUCUUGCAGGGAUAUCGCUUUUCCUCAUCGAAGGUGGAAUGUCUCAUGUCAGUCUUCAGCUUCUGCAACGAAACCGUCAAUAUCUGGUCGCACCUGAUCGGUCUCUUCAUUGUGCUCUCGGUCGCCUUCUACUUUUACCCUCUGAAUCCUAAUUUUCACCUGAGCACCAAAACCGAUGUGGCGAUCGCUGCCGUAUUUUUCUUUGCUGCGUGCAAGUGUCUGGUCUGCAGUACCCUGUGGCACACCAUGAACAGCAUUGCCAACCAGCCGCUUAUGGAGAGAUUUGCGUGUGUCGAUUACACGGGGAUCUCGCUUCUGGUGGCCGCCUCUAUUGUGACUACCGAGUACACGGCUUUCUACUGCGAGCCCGUUUCUCGCUGGACAUAUAUCUUGCUGACCAUGUCGCUCGGAAUCGGCGGUGUCAUUCUGCCCUGGCAUCCCACUUUUAAUCGUAAUGACUUGGCUUGGGCUCGUGUGGCAUUCUAUGUGACGCUUGCGCUUACAGGAUUUGCGCCCUUGUUCCAGCUCACUUAUACGCGCGGAUUCGCCUGGUGUCUUUACUUCUAUGCCCCCGUCGUGAAGAGUAUUCUGGUCUACUUUGCCGGAGCCUGCAUCUACGCCUCUCAGGUUCCUGAGCGGUGGCGCCCUGGGCUUUUCGACUACUUCGGUGGCAGCCACAACAUCUGGCAUCUGGCUGUGCUCGGUGGUAUUCUGUUCCACUACUGCGCCAUGCAGGAUUUGUUCGCCAAUGCUUUCGUCCGAGCUAAGGGAGAAUGCCCCAGCUUGACGGCAUGA